GCCGCCGCCCUCGACCGAAAAGGCGCGAAAGCGCAGGCGCUCGCGCGCUCCGUCCGCGCGAGGUGAUUGGCCGGGAGGCGGUGACGCUAUAACCGAGCGCCGUUGCGCAUCAAACGCCAGGGAACCGGGUUGUCGCCGCUGCCGCCGGGCAGUGUUGUGCUCCCUGGCGCCUGGGUUGCCGCUUACCAGCAACCUGGUGCCUCGGGAGCCGGCCUCCUUCGGCCGGCGUGGCCGCCGCGCCUCGCCUUGCCCGCCCGCAGCCUCACGGUGCCGGCUCCGGUGCGCGGCAGGAACUGCCCAGCCGAGCCCGUCUUGUCUCCUGCAGACGGGCGUGAGAGUGAAAAAUGAGUUUCUACAAUUUGGACCGCUUUCGCUUUGACCGUAAGAGAAAAGCCACCGAUCAGGAAACUACGUGUCCUUCGGCAGCCAAAGUGUCAGCAGGUAACUCUGCUGCGGCGAGUGGUGCUGCUGGAGGUGAUGAGGAUGAAGCUACAGAUGACAGCAGCGAGUUGGAUGCUCCAGCUUCGGAUGUGACAGGGAAAUACGAGUACUUUGACAUCCCAGAAACUCCUGAAGACAAGAGGCCAAUGAAAAAGCCCUAUUUCAAGAACCGAAGAGGGGUACAGUAUCUAGAUGUGUCUUCAGACAGCGAAGAUGAACUACCAAGGAGCUUCAGUGCUGCAAAAGAAAACAGGGCUCCAAGGAGAGAUACAGUUUUAAUCUCUGAACAGUUGAAUGUUGAUGAAGAGUCUGAAGAUGAACUGUCCCAGUUGGCUUACGCUGGGGAUCCGCUGUCAGCUGUGAAGAAGAGUGUAGAGGAAGACCUCAGAGCUGUAAGGCUGCAAACACUGAAGGACUUUUUUCCUGAAAAAAAUGACCAAGAAUUACGAGAAUUGUUAGAAUCAGCACACACAAUGAAUGAAGCUGCUGGUUUGCAAUUCAGUUAUGAAGCUGCUCCUCAUAAAAGGAAACAUAAAGAUAGUCCCCCAACUUGCAAAAAGAGAACUAACCAAGUCACAAAAAAGACAAAGACAGAUUACCUGGAUGAGGCAGAUCCCCAAGGACAAUGGGAGAGGCAAGAGAUGCUGGUGAAGAAGCUGCAAAAUACAUUCCCUGCAUUGGAUAAAGAGGAACUGAGAGAUGUACUUCAAGAACAUGAUUGGGUGUUUCGUGAAGCACUGGAGACCCUGAGAGUAUUUGCAGAAGAUGAGGACAUAGAAUUUUCUCCCCGCUGUGACGAUUCUGACUGGACCAAAACCUCCGACAAGAGCAGAAGUGGUAAGAGAAAAGAGAAACUGAAGAAGCAAUCUCCCAGAAAAAAGGAGAGCAGCUUUCAGAAAAAGGACAAAGGCCCAAUGAACAUUUGGAGUACUAAAAGAGAAAUAGACUCAGAGGACAAGUCAGCUUCUGAAGAUGGUGGUAGCGUCUUUGAUGAGGACUACAGCAGCGGCAAUGAAGUGAUGGAGGAUGGCUACAAAGCGAAAAUCCUCAGAUUCCUGCAGAGUGCUUCCAUGAGUGAACUGAUUUUGAUUCCCCAGUGUUCUCAGAAAACAGCUCAGAAGAUAAUAGCGCUCCGGCCCUUUAAUAGCUGGGAGGCUCUGCUUGCAAAAAUGACUAAGACUGCUGGUUUGACUGAAGACAUAGUGUGGAACUGCAAGACACUGCUGAAAGAGAGGGAUGUGGUUCUAAAGCUCAUGAAUAAAUGUGAAGACAUUUCAAGGAAACUGACAAAACAAGUAACCAGGCUUACUGUAGAUGGAGCAUGUGGAUGGAACAUUGCGCAACCUUCCAUUCUGAAUAAGAGUUUUGUUCUCAAGCCAUAUCAGAAGAUUGGUUUGAACUGGCUAGCACUGCUGCAUAAACAUGGAUUGAAUGGCAUAUUGGCUGAUGAAAUGGGCUUAGGAAAGACAAUUCAAGCUAUUGCAUUUCUAGCUUAUCUUUACCAAAAGGGCAAUAGAGGCCCGCAUUUGAUUGUUGUGCCGGCUUCAACGUUAGAUAACUGGAUAAGAGAAGUUCGUCUGUGGUGUCCUGAUCUGAAAGUCCUUUUUUACUAUGGAUCCCAAGAAGAUAGGAAACGUCUCAGAGUGGACAUAAUUCAUAAAAUGGUCGAUUUCAAUGUGAUUAUAACUACAUACAACUGUGCAAUUAGCAGCUCAGACGAUCGAGGACUGUUCCGCAAAUUGAAACUUAACUAUGCAAUUUUUGAUGAAGGUCAUAUGCUCAAGAACAUGAGCUCUGUACGCUACCAGCACCUUAUGACAAUUAAUGCACAGCAUCGCUUACUGCUGACUGGGACUCCAGUUCAAAAUAAUCUGCUGGAAUUGAUGUCCCUCUUGAAUUUUGUCAUGCCACAUAUGUUCAGCAGCAGCACAGCUGAAAUCCGAAGGAUGUUCUCUUCAAAAACAAAGAGUGCUGAAGAACAAAGUGUAUAUGAAAAAGAGAGGAUUGCACAUGCAAAACAGAUAAUAAAGCCAUUCAUCUUGAGAAGAGUAAAAGAUGAGGUCCUUAAACAACUACCUCCUAAAAAAGAUUUCACUGAAUUGUGUGCCAUGUCCGAGAAACAGGAACAACUAUACUGUGAUCUCCUAAAAAAGUUCAAGAAAAAUAUUAAGAGUAACGAGAAAAACUCUGAUAUGGGAAAUGUGAUGAUGCAGCUUAGAAAAAUGGCUAAUCACCCUCUCUUACAUCGCCAGUAUUACACAAAUGACAAGCUCAGGAAAAUGUCCAAGCUCAUGCUCAAGGAACCCACACAUCGCGAUGCUAACCCUGACCUUAUCUUUGAAGAUAUGACGGUAAUGACGGAUUUUGAACUGCAUUUGCUUUGUGAGCAAUACUCUCACAUCAAUGACUUCAAGUUAGACACGGAUAUGAUCUUGGAUUCUGGAAAGUUUAAGGCACUGGACCGCAUUCUCGCUGACCUUAAAGAGAAGGGAGACAGAGUUGUAUUGUUUAGCCAAUUUACUAUGAUACUGGAUAUUUUGGAAGUUUUCCUAAAACAAAAGCAACAUAGAUACAUUAGAUUGGACGGAAAAACACAGAUUUCUGACCGGAUACAUCUAAUAGAUGAGUUCAAUAACGAUAAGGAUAUAUUUGUAUUCCUUCUGUCAACCAAAGCUGGUGGAUUGGGAAUUAAUCUGACCUCGGCAAACGUUGUUAUUCUUCAUGACAUUGACUGCAACCCAUACAAUGACAAGCAAGCAGAAGACCGAUGCCAUAGAGUAGGACAGACAAGGGAAGUGAAAGUCAUAAAGCUAAUCAGUAAGGGGACUAUUGAAGAAUACAUGCUCAAAAUCAAUGAGCAAAAAUUGAAGUUAGAACAAGACAUGACUGCAGCAGAUUCAGGAGAAGAAGGAACCAUUCCAGCGGAUAUAGCCACACUAUUGAAAGCUUCAUUAGGUCUCUAAAUAUGCUGUGAAAUUCGAGGAAGAAGAGUGAUAUUUUACUCCAUGGACUCUACAUUUCUGAUUAACUUGAGUUUUAUGUACGUUUAUAACUUUUUGUAGUUUAUUAUUAUUAUUUCAUGUUGCUGAAAAUUUUUAACACCAAUGGCAUUCUUUUAAUGCUUGAAAACAUUAAUGGCCCAAAUGUGCCAACAUUGGAUGCCGAAAAAACAUCUUUUACAGACUUUCAAAAUGGGGACCUAUGUAGUAAUUAUUUCAAUAAAUCUGCUACUGCUUAAGAUCUGUCAGUAUUUUUAUAAUUAUUUCUACCUCCAAAUAUAUAUAUUUAAACUGUCAGUUUCACUGGAUUACACGUAUAGAUUUUUUUAUAUGUGCCUUAUUUGACAAUGCUCGAGUCUGUUCCAGCUAGUUAUGAGUCAUCUGAUGUACCAUUCUGGCUUUGUAUCAACUUGGUCAAAUAAAAUUCCACAGGUUAACAAAA